AUGGAUCCAAGGGUGCAAGUGCUGUCGAAUGUCGUCCUUGCAGUGCGAGAUGCUCGUGAAGUGAUACACCAUGCAUCGGCUUCGCAUAUAGUCAGAUACUCUCGUCUCUUUGUCUCGACAAUUCUCGCUCUACCGUCUCUUUCCUCUGGCCAUCCCUUGGUCCGCUUCGCUGCCUUCUCGUUGCUUCUUGUUCUGACUUCAGCUAUCGCUCUGAGCUAUAACUACUCUGAUUCCAACUCUGCUACUGCUGCAACUACCGAUAACACUGAAGUGGAAGGUCCUGCGCGUCGUGCUUUGUCCAAGUUCCUCAUGCCAACGUCAUCCAUUUGGCCAGAACGCUAUCUUUACAUUAUUCGUUCGGCGGACCAACAACAACAAAGUCGAAAUGGAAAACGUAUUUCUCUCCAACUAGGAACCUUUCUUCGUGAUAUCAAACAAGGAAUAAUAGAACUACGGAACCCGGAGAUUGACUUGCCUCUUCUCCUUAAAGGACAACUUUGCACAGACGGAUGGAACAUCGAGCUUAACAUGUCCUUCAAGGACAGGUCAAUGGCUUGGGCCUGGGUUAUAUCAGACGAAAUUUCUUGUUUUCCUGAUGAGGUCUAUUCUAUCCGGUCCAAUGCCCAACCAAGGCCCUUUACCUUCGCAGAAGGCGGGAUGGCGCCUGUAGACUGGACCGUACUGAAACGCUACUGCACAUUAUUCUACGAAAAUCUCGACGAUAUAAUUGUCUGGCCUUCCCUAGACUGCGUCCCACACGCAUUUAUCCAGAGAUGUAUCCGGUCGAUACAACACGACCUUCGCAUGGCUUUUGGCGCACAAAGGACCUCCGUGUUCUCAUUUGCCACGGCAGAAAUAGGGCUUUCAGUAUUCGACGAUGCGUUCGUCUUUGCCUCCCUCCCAUUCUCGCGUAUUCCCUCGAGGGUGUCCAACAGAAAGGGAACUCAACAUGCUCCACGUUCUUGCGCACCCUUAUUCAACCGCCUCUCCGAAGUCCUAAGUCUCCUCACUUCAGGCCCUCACCCACUGCGCGUUCUUUCCUUAUCAAACGCUUCAGCCUCAUACACAACUGCUCUGGAGACACAUGCGUCGUCUUUGGAGUACGACGCUGUGACGCGACGAGAGUGUAUAAAGAGUCUGGGUGUACAAGGGUGGCGCGAGGAGAGAUUGUAUACGCGCUUGGAAGCUGCUGGCCUUCGGGCGGGCGUGGUGAUGAAAUGGGUCGUUUUAUUGGAGGUCGAGGACUAG